AUGGCAACCGAUCCGAGGCAAGCGUGGGAGAACCUACAGAAGAAUUUGCGGCAAAUGCAGCAGCGAGGGCAAAGAUUCGCAGGAGGUGGAGGCCCCGGUGGUGGUCCACCGACAGGACGAGCAUUAGGUGGUCUCGCAGGCAUCGGCCUCCUCAUCGGUGGCUACUGGCUCUUCAACAACGGCCUCUUCAACGUCGAUGGUGGUCACCGCGCGAUCAAAUACACCCGCAUAUCCGGCAUCAGCAAAGAGAUCUACUCCGAAGGUACCCACUUCAUCGUACCAUGGUUCGAAACGGCCAUCGACUACGAUGUCCGCGCACGACCCCGCUCCAUUCCUUCCCUCACCGGCACGAAGGACCUGCAAAUGGUCAAUAUAACGUGUCGUGUGCUCAGCCGGCCACGUAUAGAUGCACUACCCCAGAUCUACCGCACGCUGGGUCAGGAUUACGAUGAACGAGUGCUCCCGAGCAUCGUCAACGAGGUGCUGAAGAGCGUGGUGGCGCAAUUCAAUGCAAGUCAGCUCAUUACGCAGCGAGAGAACGUCAGCAGGAUGGUGCGGGAUAACCUUGUGCGGAGAGCGGCAAGGUUCAACAUCAUGGUGGAUGAUGUCUCGCUUACUCAACUCUCCUUCUCCCCCGAGUUCACUGCAGCGGUCGAAGCGAAACAGGUCGCUCAGCAAGAAGCCCAACGCGCCGCCUUCGUCGUCGACAAGGCACGGCAGGAGAAGCAAGCCAUGGUCGUCCGCGCACAGGGUGAAGCUCGCUCUGCCGAGCUGAUCGGUGACGCGAUCAAGAAGAGUCGUUCGUAUGUUGAACUCAGAGAGUUCGACAAUGCGAGAAGAGUGGCGGAGAUACUGGAGAAAAGCAGUAACAAGGUAUAUCUCGACACGCAAGGGCUCGGUCUGAAUAUCAGCCAAACGGGUGUGGAGAGGAAUCGGAAGUAA